AUGUUGUCACAUGCAAGCCCGUUUUCAACUGUCCCAACGAGUCACUUCUUCCUGUUCCUCCAGAUUCUUGUCUCUUCUUGGUGGCGCUGCUGCACGGCUUUCCUGGUCAAGCCUAGCAUCACUCGGGGUCCUUCGCUAGCUCAGAUCUCAUACCUACGGUUCCCCAGCCGAGGACUUUCACCCUUUCUUGGUUCGACGUACAUGACCGCUCGAUUCGCUGUGUCCUACCACUUGGCAGAAUUCCCGUAUUAA